CUAAAUCUAAUUAUGAAUUCUUAAAUCCAAAGAAACUCUGAUCCUCCUCGUACUAAUGUUAUUUUGGUUGUAAUAACUAACAAAGCUAAUAAAACUUUGAGUCAUGAUAAAUAUUUUAAAGUUUUCAGUCCUUUCGGUACAAUAUAGAGAGUAAGUGUUGUUUUAUGAUAGUUUAGAUGCUCAUCUUUGAGAGAUCACUCACUUGGAAAACCUUUAUAGAGUUUGACAAUCCAGAAUCAGCCCUUAAAGCAAGGUCAUAGAUGAAUGAUAAGUUCUUUUGUGAUGAUAAUACAUUGUUAAUGAAUGUAUAUACAAGCAAAUUAGCUUACAUUACAUUCUAAGAAAAUAAUACUGGGGGUGUAGGUAUAAUGUCAUUUAUUGUUAGAUUACACAUAGUUAAGAAAAAAAGAAACAAAUCUUCCAAAUGAAGUGACUUAAUCUUCUUCAUAGAUAAAAAGUAAUCCUAUUCCUCCUUAACAAAACUUCUAAUUCUUAUAAUCCCAAAUGUAGUAUCAACAUCAAAUGUCUUAAUAAAUCUAAUAAAUCAAUUCUCUUAUGGGACUAUUAUAAUAGGUUUGUGCAGAAGGCUUUGCUACUCCUCUAUAAUAGACAACAGACUUAUAAAACUAAAUUGAAAAGUAAUAGUCAAUUUUAAAAGACAUUUAUGAUUCUUAACAGAAAUUUUCUAAUCUUACAGAUAAUUAUUAAAACUUCUUAUAAGAAUACAAUCAACUUGAUGAUUAAAAAUCUAUUAGUAUUUAAUCUAGCAAUAAUGGUAAACAAAACAGAAAAAAACUAACACUUCCUAACGAUAAAAAGAUUUAAAAUGGAGAUUAAAUUGAAUUUAUUUAAAGUUACCAAGAAACAGAUAUUACUAAGGAUGUUAUGUUUCAUAGUUCUGAUAAAUUAAUUGAUUAAAUAUAGGUUUAAAAGAUGUAUUAGAGUGAGGGAAAGAGUGUUACGAAGGCAGAAGAUCUAAAUUUCAAUGGAUUAGGUUUAAGAGAUUCUGAAGGGGAAGAUGAUAAUCUUUAGGAAUAUGAAGAAGAAUUACUAUAAUUUGAUAAUGAUAUUGAAAAUGAUGAUUCUGAGAGUAAUAAUGAAUUGUUUAAAUUUGUUGAUCAUAAUCAAGAGUUUUCUGAAAGAGAGAAAUAAAAGAUCUUAAAUAAAUUAAAUUAAGAUAUGCUCUUUGAUAAAAAUGAUAAUUAAAUAGUGGCACAUUAAGUUGAAAAAUAAACAUAAAAAAAUACUAUUGAAUAAUCAUCUAGAAGUGUUGACAAUAUUGAUUAAUUAAUUAGUAAAGGCAAAAUUUAGAGGUAAAAUCCUCAAAGUACUUCUAAAAGUUAGAAUCUUUAAUAAUAAUAAGAUAAGUUAGAAGAAUAUGUUAAUCCUCUAUUUUUUAAAGGUUCUUCAUUUAUUGAUUUUGUUUAGCUCUUCGUAAAUCUAAAGUCAUAUAUGCAAGAUGGUUUGAUAAGAAAGUAGUCACUUCCACUAUGCUCUAUAAUAUAUUUAGUAUCUAUGGCAAUAUAGAUAAAAUGAUAUAUUUGAAAGAAAGAUCAAGUUGUCUUAUUCAAUAUGUAAUGUAAGAUCACGCAGCCAUUGCAAAAGAAGCACUUAAUGAUAUCAUGUUUUAUGGAUAAUAAAUUAAAGUAUAAUCUAUUUUAAUUUAGAUCUUUUUUUCAAAUUAUGAGGAAAUAUCUUUAAAAUCAUAACCUACAAAGCCAGGAGAAAUUGCUUCAGAUCUUAAAACCUAAGAAGAAUAUUUUUAGGGAGGAGAAGAAACUCACCGUAUAAAACCUGAUUCAACUUAUACUCUUGCUCCGCCAUGUGAUACAAUCUAAGUUUCUAAUCUUACUAGAAACUCUUGUCAAAAUUCUAUGAUGUCAUAAUAUAUGCAAGAUUUUGGAUAAAUCAAAGCAUUGAAGUAUAAAACUCUUUUAUUUAGAAUUCUAACAACCGGUAAUAAGUAUUUGUGUAUUCUAAAAUAUGCAACAACUGAAGUAGCAUUGACGGUUUUAGCAAAUAUGAAUGGAUUAGAAUUGGACGGAAAGUAAUUAUAUUUUGUUAUUAUAUAAAUAGACCUAUAUAAAUUAACUUUUCUAAACAAAAAUUAUGAUUGGUUGAUUUAUCAAUUAUUCGGAUUAAUAUUACAAUAUAC